UGGUAGCCGCUCUUCUAAAACUUUUAAACCAAAGAAGAAUAUUCCGGAAGGCUCUCACCAAUAUGAGCUGCUGAAACAUGCAGAGGCAACUCUUGGAAGUGGCAACUUACGGAUGGCUGUUAUGCUGCCCGAGGGUGAAGAUCUAAACGAAUGGGUUGCAGUGAACACUGUGGACUUUUUUAACCAGAUCAACAUGCUUUAUGGAACAAUUACAGACUUCUGCACAGAAGAGAGCUGUUCAGUGAUGUCUGCAGGGCCAAAAUAUGAGUACCAUUGGGCAGAUGGGACAAAUAUAAAGAAGCCAAUCAAGUGCUCAGCACCAAAGUACAUUGAUUAUCUUAUGACCUGGGUUCAGGAUCAGCUGGAUGAUGAGACGCUAUUUCCAUCUAAAAUAGGUGUUCCUUUCCCAAAGAAUUUCAUGUCAGUAGCUAAGACCAUCUUAAAGCGUCUCUUCAGAGUUUAUGCUCACAUAUAUCACCAGCACUUUGAUCCUGUUAUCCAACUUCAAGAAGAAGCACAUCUCAACACAUCCUUCAAGCACUUUAUCUUUUUUGUUCAGGAAUUUAACCUUAUAGACAGAAGAGAACUUGCUCCACUUCAAGAACUGAUUGAAAAACUCACUUCAAAGGACAGAUAAGCGAAAAUGAAAUUGUGGAAAUCACUUGUUUCUUUAAACAGGCAUGUGGGGUUUUAGGGAUUUGGGCUGAAAUUCUCUACACACUAAGUUCCAUGGAACUUAACGCCUGAGUAUGUGUGUGGAGGUUUGCAACCUUUUGUUUGUUUGUUUUAGAGAGAAAAGGAAACUUCUGUUUUAAUUCAGGCAACCUAGAUCCAUUCUCUGUGCUUUUAUUAGUGAAACUUCUUUCACUUAGUGAGAUACACACAGUAAAUGGUUUUCUGUUAUUGUUCAUUGUUAUUGUUCAUUUUUAGCAGAUGUGUGUUAAUAAAGGAAAAAUAACAUGCUUGUUGGGAAAUGUGACACUGCUAGUUGGAAGGGUUCAGCAUUGCCAGUUGUAUACCAUUCUCAGAAGGUCCUUAAAGAGACUUAAUCUUCUCUAAGUGCCUUGGUAGAUUCUCUUCUGAGGUACAAAGCACAUACAAAGAACAUUGCUGGAAACAGAAAACACAAAUAGCUACCCAGGACAUUUAUUAAUACUUGUUAUAUAUAAUAAAUAUGUGUAAACCUUUUCUAAAAGCCAUAACUUCUGUCAGUGAUCUCCAGUCUUUAAGAGAAAGCAAUGACUUUAGAAAUGAACAUGGGUUGGGGAAGGAGAAGUGAGUGAGCGGCUCAUUUUAUUUUUUUUAAUAUCGUACUGAGCUACCCAUCUACGUCUUCAGUACUAUGAGGGCCAAGAAUGGUAUUGGGUAGACCACUUUUCACAAUGUAUGUUCUGCCAAGAUUUUAACUCAUUUUGAUCUACCAGUGGGAUUAUUUUCUUGAUCAUUACUUUAUCAAACUGUACUAUCAAGUUUCUUGCCCUUUAAGAAGAGUCCUGCAAUGGCAUCAAGUCAAAAUAAAAGGGGAAGUAGUUCAAGGAACAAUAAUAUUAAUAAGGAAUGUUCACUAUUUAUAUAUGCACCAUUGUUAUUUUAAAAAUGGGGCUAAAACAACCCUAGUCUCUCAGCUUUUAAUAAGAGAAAUUGUCUCAAUCUACUUACCAUAGUCUAUACUUACCAUUUCAUGCAUCCUAAAUCUGCAGCCCCUUUGUAAUCUCACUUGUACAAGAAUGCUCUAAGUGAAAGCAUUGAUUUCUUGUAACAUGAUACAAAAUGCAGUUGUAUUUUGGAAUUUUUAGUGUGUGGGCAUUUAAGAUGACUUAAUGGUACACAUACAAAUUUUGAUACAAUUUUGCAGUGUUGCUUUAUUUAUUUUCCUCUCUCUUCACAUGAAGAAAAGAGCCAAUAUCACAGACCCAGGCAGCUAUGGGAUUAGUACUGUAGUUUUUAUAAAUAUUUCAUCAUAGAAUAUUUAGAAUUUGGGAUCAUUCCUUCUGAGGAAUUCAAAAAUGAAAAGCCCAUUUCUGAUUUCAUGACUUAGGAUCAUCACCUUUUGUUCUAAAUUGCAGGGCCGCUGAAACUUACCAAUUCUCUGAGUAUAGUAUUAAAUUCAAAAUCUCCCAAUUUUUAUUUUCUGGAAUGUUACAGGUUUUAUCUGCUUCACAGUUUCCAUGGAUUGAGUAAAAUACACAAAUUGCUCUAUGUAUCCUUAAACCCUGACUUUGAAGACCACUUCUCACAUUAUCACUGGAGCUGGCUACAAAUUGCACAUGUAUGUGCUGUGUGUCCAUUAAACCAAUAAUAUUUAAAGGCCGUGAAUGAUAUCUUAAAGUCUAAUGUACGCAACAGUUUCUCAUAGUAUGUUUUUAUGACAUCUUUGAUAUUUUAUAUAUACCUUUCUGGUGCUUUUAAGUGCUGAAGUGAUAAAAGGCAUACAAUAUACUCUUUACCAGAGAAGUAGUGUUGACAGUUAGUGAUAUGAGGAAAAACAAAACAGAUUACUGUGAUUACAUUAUCUAGCUGUUCUUAAUUCAUCCUCUUCACUCUUAUAAUCUGGUAGCCCUUAAUAAUGAUAGUUCUCCCUAUUGAUCUAGUAGAAAAUGAAUAAUCAAAAUCUUGGCAGUGUUUCAUAAUCAGAAUAGUCAGUAUUAGAUUUUAGAAGUCAGAUCCACAGUCCUGAUUUCUGAAUCUUGAAUUUGAAAGUUUAAAUUGCUAAUCAAAAACAUUUUUGUUCAAAGUUGAGAUGUCAACAGCAGUUUAUAGAUUGGGACUGUUAACAUUUUAAAUGUCCCCAAUCUCCAUCUAGUAAUUUUAACCACUCCUAAAAAAUGUCUGUUAAAAAUAAGAAAAACGUCAGGUAUCCUCUAAACAUAUGACUGGGUCUUGAAAUGUGUAAGUAUCCAGAAUAAUGUUUAAUUGGAAUCAAUUUAGCUUGGACAUAAUUUUCUCUCAUAAUUUUAGUCUUAAAAUUUCAGGGACUCAUUGGAAACAAUACUGACAAAUUUGGGUUCCAUUCAUUGCUAACUUCCUUCUUGGAUGAUAAAAACUUGGAGAUCAUUGACUAAGUGCUGUGGGUUCAACUCUUCUUAUUGCAUUGAAGACUGAAGCAUUGACAAUAUUAAGGGAGUGGUUAUUCUGAAUUUGUACAGCACUGGAAGCUUUUAGUGGGGUUGUUUUGGUAGUCUGAACAAUUAUUUACUGUUUAAGAGUGUGUUACAAUACAAAUACAAAAGCUUCCUUGAUCUUUUAAUUGAAUACAGAUUUUGAAAAUUGAACACUGUAGUAGUAUUAAAAAAAAGUCACAGCCUGGAAUCUAGCCUUUUCUUUUAAAAGAACACUGUGUUAGAAAAUAUAUGCUUUUUGAUACUAAACAUUGGGUAGAAACUUACUUUUUCAUCAUGACCAGCCAUUAACAAAAACUGCAUUCCUUCCACAAAGAAGGAAUAGCCUUAAAAUGUCAGAAGGUUGAACUGGUUUCAUUCUCUGUUUCACCUGCCAGUGUGUUUCUUUGUCUUGAUUACCCACCUGAAUAGGUAAUGUACUUUAAUUAGACAAGGCUGACCAAGAUGUAUGGUCAUAAGCAUAGACCCAAGUCUGUUAAAACCAGCUGUGUUGUGUUUUCUUGAGCCAGUGGUUGAUUUAAUCCAGAGAAUUGACAUUGCUAGGAUAAAAUUUUAUCAUCCUGGUCCUAGAAAUUAUGUAUCUACUUUGCACAUCCAUGUCAGGGAUUCAUACUAAUUGUGCAAGUAUAAAAAUAUGCUACAUUUUGCUUAGUAGUAGUAGGUGGGCUUUAAAGAGAUAACUGUCAAAAGGACAAAUUCCCCCUUUUCAACUGCAUGCCAACUUUUCUUUAACUGCUUACUAUGCAAGAGAGAACUUUGAAUAUUCACUGGUAAUCUUACAGAACCAAACAGGCUCUAUUAACAAUUUGAAAUUGACACCAAUCUCUCAAACUUGUUUCAUAGGCAAAAGGCCAAUGCUGCUAUUAACUGGUCUUAUUUUAAAUUUUUUUAUUCCCAUUACUAAAAGCCUUUUCUUAGAUUUCCAUAUAAAUAUUAUUUUUUGAGGGGAAAAAGUGUGUGUGGGUGUGUAUGUGUGUGUUGAUUUACCUGGAAAAUAAUUUAAGACAUUUAUUCUUUUCCCCAAAUAUUAAAGUGCAAGUUAAAUGCCAGAAUUCCUAUUUUAAAACUGUAAUAUGAAGUUGGACCUGCCAGUUUUUCAACUGCAGUGCUCUCAUAUUACUUAAUACAUAUUGUGGGGGUGGGGGAGAUGAAUUACACUUCUUAACAGGCAAGAACUAUUUGGGUUUUCCUGAACUGCAUUUCUAGAACCGCUAGCCACUUUAGAGGUAUAUUUACAUUUAUGUCUAUUGCACACAUGGGUUUCCUUUUUAAAACAUAAUUCUCUCCUGCAGUAGCAGACUAACUCCAAUUUUAAAAUGCUUUUGUAUGCUUAUUUUCCUUCCCAAGAGCACUGUCCUUUCAAUAGUUUUUCAUAGAUUAAUGUAUUUUUAGGGAAAAUUAAUUUUUAUAGCCACUAAACUGUACUCAUUAUUUUUGUACACUUAUUACUAGGUUAUUUGGAACACAAAUCUUUUGAAAUGUCAUUUGGUUCCAUUUUUGAAUUUACUCACUGAUGUCGCGUUGCUAAAUAUUGUCAUAAGAAUCAAUGCUUUUGGUAUGUAGUGAGGGGAAAGAAAAGAUUUGAGAAGAUGUUACUUGCUAGUACUUCUGGUUCCUGCAGACAGAUCCACCCAGGUCAUUCUUCAUGCAGCAUAUUAGAAAAGUAUAGGAGCAAUUAUUUGGGCUCGCUUGGUGAAGGGUAGGGAACGAGACCAGAGAAACAUGCUUCCAAAUGGAUCUGUUGUGGCAAUUGCUUCCUGUCUGAUUGAGAGAAUCUACAACCAGCAGAAUCAACCUUAAGCUUUUCUGAACUGAACAGCUCCAAUUUAUCAUUCAGUAAUAGUCAAAGAUUGCAUCUCAGCAUGUCAAAUUUGAAUACAUUUCUGGAGAUGUGGAAAGUUUUUGGUUAACUUUCCGUGUCUCCAGCAAGAAAACCUAAAUACAUGUAAGUGUGUGGACAAAACCCUGUAGUUUUAGAAAAGCCUUGCCAUUUGAUUCUGCUGAUUAAAUUAAACAGAUCCUGUGUGCCAGAAUUUAUGCUGCAUCAGGGACAGAGCUUGAUCUCUAUCAGUGACUCCCUCUCUAUUAAAGAAAAAAUAUGGUAGCUGCUUAUCAGAGAGAAAAAGGUAGUAAUAGCAGAUGCUGGACAUGAGAAUCAUUUAAAAAUAUAAAAUGCAACAUAACCUGUACUGUAAGCAAACUGUGCCAAUAUUACUUCAGUUUGUAGUCACUUAAUCAGUACUUGUUCUACCUGAAAAUGGCUUUUUAAUUAAAAAUAAAAAAGUUGGAUGUCUGAAAUUCUGCAACACAUAUAUUGGAAAAGAUGUAAAUAAUGUAUACAUAUUGUUGUAAGUGAUGGGAUGAAAAACUAUAUAAAUUCUAGGCUUUUUCAGUAAGGAAAUGAAUGCUGUUUAUAAGAAAAAAAAUAAAUAGCUAUGUUUGAACAUGA